GUUGGUGGGAGAGAAGACGGUUUGCGUCAAUAAUUUUGAUGGCUGCUGGCGAAGUUGGUUGGUGAGCUCUGAACCCUACCACCUCCCCUUCCUCCUCCUUCUGCCUCAGGCUCGAUACCAAUACCCAAAACCCAUCUUCAUCAAUACCCACUUUCAUCAGAGCCCUCUAGUUUAGAGAGAAGUUGGUUUUCUAGAGAGAGAAAAAUGGCUCAAGUUACCAGAAUUGUCAGUGGUGGUGUCCAGAACGGCCCUCUCUUGCCCAAUAUCUCCAAGCCUCACAAACCCACUCCUCCAUUCACUACUCCCUUCUUGAGAUCAGGGCCUAAUGUUUCUUCUUUUUCUUUGAAGCAUGAGAGGGCAGUUAGCAAUUCGGUUGUUUCUGUUAGGGCCCCGUUUAGGGUUUCGGCCUCUGUCGCCACUAAGGAGAAGCCGUCGACGGCGCCGGAGAUUGUCCUGCAACCCAUUAAAGAGAUCUCCGGCACCAUCACGUUGCCGGGCUCCAAGUCCCUUUCCAAUCGGAUUCUGCUUCUUGCUGCUCUCUCUGAGGGAACUACUGUUGUGGACAAUUUGUUGAAUAGUGAAGAUGUCCAUUACAUGCUCGGAGCACUGAGAACCCUUGGGCUACAAGUGGAAGAGCAAAGUGAAAAUAAAAGAGUUAUUGUGCAAGGUUGUGGGGGCCAAUUUCCAGUGGGUAAUGGAUCAGUAGGCGAAGUCCAACUUUUCCUAGGAAAUGCUGGAACAGCAAUGCGUCCAUUGACAGCUGCAGUUACAGCUGCUGGUGGAAAUGCAAGCUAUGUACUUGAUGGGGUGCCGCGCAUGAGAGAAAGACCAAUUGGGGAUCUAGUCACAGGUCUUAAGCAGCUCGGUGCAGACGUUAACUGCUUUCUUGGAACAAACUGCCCUCCUGUUCGUGUUAAUGGGAAUGGAGGCCUUCCAGGAGGAAAGGUGAAGCUCUCUGGAUCAAUUAGUAGUCAAUACUUGACUGCUUUGCUUAUGGCAGCUCCCUUGGCUCUAGGAGAUGUGGAGAUUGAGAUUAUUGAUAAACUUAUUUCCAUUCCUUAUGUUGAAAUGACCUUGAAAUUGAUGGAACGUUUUGGGGUUAGUGUAGAGCACAGUAAUACAUGGGACCGCUUCUUGAUCCGAGGAGGUCAAAAAUACAAGUCUCCUGGAAAUGCUUUUGUUGAGGGUGAUGCUUCUAGUGCUAGUUACUUCCUAGCCGGUGCAGCUGUAACUGGUGGGACUGUCACAGUUGAAGGCUGUGGGACAAGCAGCCUACAGGGGGAUGUAAAAUUUGCUGAGGUUCUUGAGCAAAUGGGUGCAAAAGUUUCCUGGACAGAGAACAGUGUCACAGUCACAGGCCCACCCCGAAAUUCUUCUGGAAGGAAACACUUACGUGCCAUUGACGUCAACAUGAACAAAAUGCCAGAUGUUGCCAUGACUCUUGCUGUAGUUGCCCUUUAUGCUGAUGGGCCGACUGCCAUAAGAGAUGUGGCUAGUUGGAGAGUGAAGGAGACCGAAAGGAUGAUUGCCAUUUGCACAGAACUCAGGAAGCUGGGAGCAACAGUUGAAGAAGGGCCUGAUUACUGUGUGAUCACUCCACCAGAAAAACUAAACGUGACAUCAAUAGACACAUAUGACGAUCACAGGAUGGCCAUGGCAUUUUCUCUUGCUGCCUGUGCAGAUGUUCCAGUAACCAUCAAGGAUCCUGGUUGCACCCGGAAAACCUUCCCUGACUACUUCGAAGUCCUCCAGCGUUUUACCAAACAUUGAAGUACCAUCAACCUUUAAGCUAAAAAGAAAGACUCGCCACUGUGACAACCACAGCAGUGGGAAAUGGAAGCCACCCUUUUUUAUUGCCUUGUAUUCUUGUUAUAUUUUAAGAUUUAUGCUGGCCAGGGCUCAUUGAUGUUCCUGAGCUAGUAAUUUUAUUCUGAGUUAAUGAGUAGCUUGGUUGUUUUAAUCUCUUUGAUGCCAGUGGAAUUGAAGUCAUAUUGAAUUGGAUGGAUCUUGAGAAUAA